AUGCUUUACAUUGCUACUUUCCUGCAGCAUCUCCACCCUAAUUUCCCUGGGACGAUGAACGAUUUGCCGGAAUCUCUCCCCGCCUUGACGGAACGAUUAGCAGGAACUGCUAUUAAUCUGGUCACGACAAACGACGAGUUCUUCGGCAGCAUUGAAGGACUGGAGUGUGUUAUGGUGGAAAGCAUGUACUACCAAAAUGGUGGAAAUCUACGACGAAGCUGGAUAGCGAACCGGAGGGCUAUGGCUAUUGCGCAAAUGAUGAACCUCCACCAAAGCCAAAGCCGAGCAAAGUACAAGGUUCUUGACCACAAACCGAAAGCUCAUCCACAGUUCAUGUGGUUUCGAAUUGUCUCCCUCGACCGUAAUUUGUGUCUCAUGCUGGGUCUUACGCAAGGCUCCUCUGACCUGAGCAUGGCCACUGGCACAGCAUUCAGAGAUGACAUUCCUAUGGGCCGCCUAGAGCGGAUGCACUGUACUCUCGCCUCUCGCAUAUUGGAGCGUAACGAGUCUGACCCGUGCGGUAAUAACUUUGCCCUGACACAAGCCCUGGACUUGGAACUACAGAAAGCCGGUAGAAGCAUGGCCAGCAAAUGGUGGCUUAUGCCAAACCUUGACAGUGUCACGGACGACCCACAAGCUCUCUUUUUGGAUAUGGGACGGCUGUUCAGCCAGUUGUAUCACUAUAACUUGCUCAAUCAGCUCCAUCUGCCUUACAUGCUUCGUUCAUCACCUGAACGGAAGUAUGAAUAUUCCAGAAUGACGUGCGUGAACGCCUCAAGGGAGGUUCUCUUGCGAUUUAUCAUGUUUCGUGGCCACAACAGGAAUAAUUCCUGCUGUCGGACAGUUGACUUUUUUGCCCUCAUGGCCGCCAUUACACUACUUCUGGGGCAUCUCGACAGCCACCGUUUUACACAGACCAGCAAUCUCUUAGCGCACCAAUAUCUUAGUGAUCGUGCCAUGAUAGAGCAGGCGCAGGUCAAUAUGGAACAAAUCACCCGUGUUAACGGAGAUACCUUAAGUGCGCAAAGUGCGGACUUAUUGCAUAAGUUGCUGGCCAUCGAUUCCGAAGCAGCAGAUGGCGUCAGUACGGAGAGUGUCAGCGUUCAGACACCAGAAAGUGCAAUGUUGCAGUCAAGCGAAAUCGACAAUGGCGUUGUUCGGGUGCAAAUACCUUACUUUGGCAUCGUCAGGAUUGCCCGUCACGGCGUUCUUUCCAGGGGAAUGGCCACCGCACAACCUCCGGUGAUAGGUAUGUAUAACACCGACGGCUCUUCUGCUGCAGUGUGUGAUAUUGGCUCUGGUCGCUUGGAUGGAAAUGAAUUUCCUAAGUCAAUGACCGAAGCGGAUUGCAACUCUAUCGAUAGUGUUAAUAGUCCGCCUGCGCAGCUCACAUCGCGAUAUCAGGAUACCGUUUCUGACGCCCUCCUGCAGAACUAUCAGGAUCCUGGGCUAACCGCCGGGGUGGAUGACUGGGCAUUCCAGGGUGUUGAUAUGGCUUUCUUUGACAGCAUAAUGAGAGGCCUCGAUAACGGAAAUAGUUCAGAAACCUGGGAUAAUGGCCCUUAA